GACCAGGAUAUCAGUUGCCACUCUUCACGUGCGUCUUUAUUUUUAAUGCCAAGGUUGAAUUGAUUUCCAUUUUGUGUUAAUGUCUGCAGCCCAAGACCGUUGGAUUACAUUGUAAAGAUGUACCCGUUUCAGGUCGCGUUGCGUCAACUUGUAUCGUCCAGAUGUACCCGUCAUCUAUAUGUAGUUUGUCUGCCUGGGAGACCCAGUAGAAGGGAUGCUCAUGUGCUUUCUGCUGGCCAAAUAUCCACUUCCAUUACUCGGGAAGAACUUUUUCAUAACACACAAACCUCCAGAUUAUUUUACAGUACACGGGGGUCAAGGGUUUCCCAUUUGGAGAGCCAAAGGGGAUCCGUUUUACCCAGUUUUACAACCACGGUGGACCCAGAGAAGGAAGAAGAGUUUGUGUUUUUAGAUGAUGCUGAAUUGGUUGAAGAACCCCGAGAUGAAUUACAGACUGUACUCAAAGAGCUCCAAAGGAUCACGUCACCCAAGGCUCCCAACGAUGUAUCUUUACCACGAUCAUUGUCGGACAAAAGUCAACACAGAGGUCUAGAGAUGCAGCUGAGGUCCCUGCAAACCGCUACGAAAGAGGUAAACCUGGACUCUCUUGUUCAAUUCCACGACAUCAACUACCCAGAGGACGAGGGCAUCAGUAAAAAGGCCAAGAGUGAUAAGAAGAAAGUUGGGAGGGGCGAGCACAAGGUCCACGGCACCCCUGACUCAGACCAGCCCGUCAGCAGCACCUGUUGUUCGGGCUGCGGCGCUGUUCUGCACUGCACAGCCCCGGAGGUUGCAGGAUACCUGCCCAGCGAGAAGUUUAAGGUACUUACUCGUGAGGACCGGUUGAAAAACUCUGUCUGUCAACGCUGUUAUCUCCUCGUCCACCACCAGAAGGCACUGACCGUCGAGAUGUCAAAGGAGGAUUACAGGAAUGUAGUCCGGGGCAUCAAGUCCCACAAGGCUCUGGUUCUCCUCAUAGUCGACCUCCUGGAUCUUCCUGACUCCAUUGUGCCGGAUAUAACCGACCUUGUAGGAAGAAACAAGCAUAUUGUCGUUUUGGGCAACAAGAUAGACUUGCUUCCUAAAGACGCUGACAACUAUCUGCAGCGAAUCAAACGCCAGCUUUCUCAGUACUGCAACGAAGCUGGCAUCGGUGAAAACAUCAAAGAUGUGCACCUUAUCAGUGCCAAGACAGGAUACGGCAUUGAGAACCUGAUCAGCUCCCUCCAGAGGUCUUGGAAGUACAAGGGCGAUGUGUAUCUAGUGGGGACGGCAAAUGCUGGGAAAUCCACCCUCUUUAACACACUACUAGACUCUGACUACUGCAAGUCCAAGGGCACUGAUGUCAUCCACAAGGCCACCAUCUCCCCCUGGCCAGGCACCACGCUGAACCUGCUCAAGUUCCCCAUCAUCAACCCCACGCCGUACCGCCUAUUCCGCCGCCAGGAGCGCCUGCAGAAGGACUCCCAGCAGAGCGAGGAGGACCUGGCGCCGGAGGAGCUGAGGAGACUGCAGACACUCAGCAAGCAGGGUUACCUCACGGGUCGCAUCGGCAGGACCUUCCGAGUGGACCCAGUCCCCAAGAGGGAUGAGAUCCAGUUUGACCCUGACAGUCUAGCCUAUGGGGAAUACGGUGUGGAAGAGGAGUCCACCACAGAGCCCCCUCCGGUGAAGGAGGUGGAGUUCUCGCACAAUGAGCUGAAAGACGCCCACUGGCUAUUCGACACGCCGGGCAUCAUGAAGGAGCACGAUGUGCUUGGUCUUCUGACCGACCCGGAGGUGAAGGCGGUGGUACCCAGGCUGGCUAUCGUGCCCCGGACCUUCGUCGUGAAGCCAGGCACGGUACUCUUCCUGGGGGCCUUGGGGAGAAUCGACUACCUCCAGGGGGAGAAGGCCUGCUGGUUUACGGUGGUGGCGUCCAAUGAGCUUCCUGUCCACCUCACCAGCCUGGACCGUGCCGACGCCCUCUACCAGAAACACGCAGGGAACGUCCUACUGGGGGUUCCGAUGGGCGGCGAGGAGCGCAUGAAGAGCUUUCCUCCACUGGUGUCCCAGGACUUCACCCUCAAGGGUCUAGGGUACCUCCAAGCCACGGCCGACAUCAAGAUGUCCUCUGCAGGCUGGGUGGCGGUGACAGGGGUGGAAGGAGACCAGCUGGUCCUCAGAGCGCACGCCCCUGGCACGUCCGGCCUCUCCCUGAGGACCCCCCCUCUGCUGCCCCACGUCGUCACGCUGAAGGGGGAGCGCGUCCGCAAGUCCUCGGCCUACAAGCCAAGGAAGAGCCCCGUCCUGAAGCUGGAGACCAAGCCCACGGCCACGCAGGGAGCCAAGAGCCUCCCGGCCAAGAAGAAGAAGAAGACGACGCAGAAGAAAGCUUCAGGACAUUGAAAUGACAUCCGGGAUAACACUCUCAAAAGAAGCUCGCUGUGUGCAAUGAGUACAAUGUCAACUCGACUACUCUGUUAAUGUGACUUGACUUAAGUGUUGAGCCGUCGUUUGUAGCAAUGUGUCUUCUAUGCCUCUUCCAUCGCUGUCCUUGUGUUUUCCACAACUGCGGUCUGUCCUGAAUGUCCAUUACAUCUCAUCUACGACUUUGACCAGA